AUGAUUAAUGUUUCAUUAUUUGUUCAUUCAUUAAAUAAAUCAUCAUGUUCAUCUUAUUUAUUUUCAACUAAUAUUGAUAUUCGUACAAAUCAUCAAUAUGUUCAACCAUGUCCGGUAUCAAUACCUUGUCAAUGUUUAUGUGACAUUGAAAAUAAACAUUUAUGGAUUGAUUGUUUUAAUCGACAAAUAAAAACAUUACCAAUUUUUAAAACAAUUCCAACAAAUAAUAGUAUUAUUGAAUGGAAUAUUGAUUUAGCAUUUAAUUUAUUUGAUAAUUUAAAUCAUUCUAUAUGGAUACCAACUAAUAUGCAUAUAGGUCAUUUAGUUUUCUCAGGUUCACUUGCUUAUGAUCUUAUUGUACAAUUAAAUUUAACUCAUAGGCAUUUAAUUGAUACGUGGCCUAAUCAAGAACAUUUAUCAAUUAUUAAUGAUGAUGAUGAUGAUGAUGAUGAUGAUGAUGAAUCGGAUCGGUUUUUUGAUGAUUAUGAGGAAGAUAAUGAUAAUGAAGUGAAAAAUAAAUCUUCCGUGAUUCAGUCAUAUUAUGAAUAUACACGCCAUCUUACUGAAUUAACAUUGCGAUUACGUGGUGAAACGAAACAAAUAAAAAAUUUUGCUUUAUCACUUGCCGGUGAACCAUCAUCAGUUUCAAUUCUUUAUCUUGAUCAUAAUUCACUUGAUAAUGUACCUAUUGAAGCUUUAUAUAAUGCAACAAGUUUAUAUGAACUUUAUUUAUCAUAUAAUAAUAUCAGUUAUUUACCAGCAUAUGCAUUUGGAUUUUCUCAUCGUUUAACACGACUCGAUUUAUCACAUAAUCAAAUAUCAUCAAUAGAUAAUUUAACAUUUCAUCGACAUCCAAAUGCAUUUGCUGGUCCAUUUCUUAUUGAUUAUCUUGAUUUAUCACAUAAUCAAUUAACAACUUUAAAACCAAGUAUAUUUUCCUAUCUUGUUAAUUUACGUUUUUUAAAAUUAGAACAUAAUCAAAUACAUUCAUUAUCCGCACAUCUAUGGACUGGACUUUAUCGAUUAAAAUAUCUUGAUUUAUCACAUAAUUAUAUAGAAAAUUUUACUCAAGCUUUUUAUAAUUCUUAUCUUAAUGAAUUACAACAUUUAAAAAUGACAUCAAAUAAUAUUAAUCAUUUAAAUUCAUGUGAAUUUUUAUCACUCAAAGCAUUAAAUAAACUUAAUCUUAGUGGAAAUAAUCUUUCAAGCCUUGAUACAUGUGCUUUCCAUGGUCUUUCUCGUACAACAUCUCAUUCUUCAUUACAUAUUCAUUUACGUUCAAAUCAUUUUGAAACUCUUCAUCCAUGUACAUUUAUAAAUUUUGCACGUUCGACAAUUCAUGUUGAAAAUAAUCCAUUGAUAUGUAAUUGUUCAUUUAAUUAUUUAUUACAUGAUCGUAAAUCACUUGCUUAUACUGGUCAAGAAUGUCGUGGUGGAUUUGCCUAUCAACCGCAAACACAAUUAUUUUCACCUGCCGUCCGUAAAACAAAUAAACCGAUUGGAAAAAAAAUUGUAAAUAAUUCAAUAACAUGUCGAAAUGCAUAUAAAUAUUAUAAUAAGUUAUGUUCAAAACUUGAUUGUACAAGUAUAUGUUCACCAAAUGAACGUUUUAUUAUUCAAAUGACAACAAUAGCAACACCAAAUAAAACCAUAUCUCAAUUUCAACAAACAAUUCAUUUAUUUUUAAUUAUUUUAUUAUAUGUGAUAUUUAAAGAGAAAAUAUAG